GCAUCACCAACGACGGUGGAGAAGUCACGGGGAGGAGUUUCGGUGCAGAAAACUUACAAAAACACGCGAGGCCACGCCCACAAUAUUGGGGGUAAAUUUGGCAAUUUAAAGACGCGUGACCAAUGACUGAGGGCAGAAGUGUUGACCACAUAGGCGCAGGAGUUGGACACCAACCAUGGACGAAAUGGAAACAUCGCCCAGCAUCUCCUCUGGUGAGCCCGAAGUGAAGAGAGGCUUUGACCAAAACUGUGUUGCUGUGUUUCAUCACAGGGUGUUCGUCAACAGAAGCCUGACCCUCGAAAACAUUAAAUGCUAUGGCUUCGACAUGGACUACACGCUGGCAAUGUAUAAGUCUCCUGACUACGAGGGUCUGGGCUUUGAGCUGAUAAGAGACAGAAUGGUUUCCGUCGGAUACCCACACGAGCUUCUCCGCUACACAUACGACCCCAGCUUCCCCACUCGCGGUUUGGUGAUGGACACCACCUACGGGAACCUCCUGAAGGUGGACUCGAAUGGGAACAUUUUGGUGUGCAGCCACGGCUUCCGCUUCCUCAGAGGGGAUGAAAUCCACAGCUACUACCCCAAUAAGUUCAUCCAAAGAGGCGACACCGACCGCUUUUACAUCCUCAACACUCUCUUCAAUCUCUCAGAGACGUAUCUCUAUGCCUGUCUGGUGAACUUCUUCACCAGAUGCAGCAGAUACACAAACCACAUGAAGGGAUACCAGCACGGAGACUUGUUCAUGUCCUUCAGGAGCAUGUUCCAGGAUGUUCGAGAUGCAAUGGACUUCAUUCAUGAUACAGGAACCCUGAAAGAACGAACCAUCAAGAAUUUGGAGAAAUACGUGAUCAGAGAUCCAAACAUCUCCGUGCUCUUAACUCGGAUAAAAAAGGUGGCCAAAUUAUUCCUCGCUACCAACAGUGACUACAACUACACUGAGGCCAUCAUGAAAUACCUGCUUGAAGGUACUAUUAAGCCUGGAAGCCCAAAAGUCUCCUGGCACUCCUUCUUCGACCUCAUCGUCGUGGACACCAGGAAGCCGCUGUUCUUUGGAGAGGGGACUGUGCUGAGACAAGUGGACACGAACACGGGGAAGCUUCGGAUUGGGACUUACACCGGAAACCUUCAACAUGGAACAGUUUACUCUGGAGGGUCUUCUGACAUUGUCUGUGACCUGCUGGGUGUCAAAGGUAAAGACAUCCUCUACGUUGGAGACCACAUCUUUGGCGACAUCCUCAAGUCUAAGAAACGACAAGGCUGGAAGACCUUUCUGGUUGUGCCGGAGCUCACCAAGGAGCUGCAAGUGUGGGAGGAAAAGAAAUAUCUCUUUGAGGAGCUGAAACGUCUGAACAGCUUCUUAGCUGAGCACUUUAAGCACCUGGACAGUGGCAGUCGAGAGGGUACUGACAUUGGAGCCAUUCAGAUGAGAAUGAAGGUGCUGACCUACAGAAUGGACAUGUCCUACGGCCAGAUGGGCAGCCUCCUGCGCAGCGGCUCCAGGCAGACGCUGUUUGCCAGCCAGCUGAUACGUUACGCAGAUCUAUACUCCUCCACCUGCAUGAACCUGCUGCACUACCCCUUCAAUUACCUCUUCAUGGCUCCUCCAGUCCUGGUCAGUCCUCUCGCUUGUUCGGGCGCCUGCACAGAAAACCUGUAUCUACCAUGCUUAAGUCAAUCUCUGUGUUUGUUUUCUAUGCAGAUGCCCCACGAGACAACUGCCCAACACGCAGACCUGUCAAUCAACCAUGCCAUUAAGAAAAACUGAGGUUUCAUAAGAUCAAAUAUUAAACAUAUUUUUUUCCCUCUCAUUUCUGUCACAAGAAUCAAUUAUUAACACAUUUGUUUCUCGUAGUGAUGAAGAAAGAUGAAGGAGAUGGACAUGGAGGAGACCUCGCUCCUUCUUGUCAAGGACAGUUCUCACCGGUGAAGGUGACCGUUUGCACCCGUGCAGCACGGAGGGGUUUGUUGCAGCCAUGAUAUGCAUCCUUUAAGAAAAGCUUACUUAUUGCUCCACCUGCUGGAUGUGUCUCGCUAUGCCAUGUAACGUUUAACCUCCCAAGGCUAUUUAUAAGCAUGUUGGCAGUUUAUGAUUUCAAGUAAAGUCAGUCUCAGGGUCUCAGGGUUACUGUAUAUAUGAGGGGACGUGUUUCUUAGCCUGUUUGUACUCAUAGUGGUGCAUGUGCACUUUUAAUCUGACGUUUUGUGGAAUGGUUUUCAAGAAAUAACUUUAUUUAUUUGUUGUUUGUGCAUCUUCCGUUGGAUUGUUUCAAUAAAUUAUUAAUGAUC